CCGAAGACACACCUCUCGGCUGGAGAGAGGCGCAUUUUUAUCAGGCGUUCUUGCCAUAAUCCCUAUGGGGUCCUUUUAGGUAACGGGUUUAAAAAGAGCCUCAGCCGCAGUCGUGUUAUGAGAUCAGUGUAGAACUGUCAGUCUGACGGAGGAGACCGGAGUGGCAGCUAUUCGCUUGUAACUCAGUCUGUGUAUCUCAGUGGCAUCAGAGCACUUUGAUUGCGAGGCAGCUUACUCCUGCUGGCAUUUUACUUCAACUUCUGAGUAGCUUGUUUUUUUGUUGCGGCGUAGAGUUAUCUGAUACAUUUUCUUUUUUGAGGAGAAAUCACAGCGUUGCAAAGACGCGGCAUCUGACUGUAAAUCUGGGUUUGAAUAACUUAAAUAUUUGGAAAGAUUUUCUUCUUGCUUGGCACAAGAAUUGUUUGUCACGUUCGCAAACUUGUAGACAGCCUAUUUAAACUAAAUAGUUUAAUGUAUACUUUGAACAUGUUCUAGUGCAUGUUGGUAAUAUUUUGUUUUUUCAACUAGGCCAAAGUGGUUGACUUAAAACCGCACAGCCUACGAUAUAGCCUAUAUUUAUUUUAUUUUCAAAAUUUGUGAAAUUGUAUCCACGCUCAAGUCAGUCGCGAUGUUGAACAUCCUUGCGGAAUUCCUGCUGGUGAUUCUGAGAGUCUUAUGGGCCAUUUUUGUGUCCGGUUUGAAAUGGCUGGUGAGACCAAAAGAGAAGAGUGUCGCUGGACAGGUGUGCGUAAUCACCGGGGCUGGUAGCGGUCUCGGGCGGCUGUUCGCCAAGGAGUUCGCCCGGAGGCGAGCGGUGCUGGUGCUUUGGGACAUCAACAGUCAAAGCAACGAGGAGACUGCGGAGAUGGUGCGGCAAAUAUAUCGCGAAGUGGACAGCCCCAUGACCAAAGACGGAGCCGUUGGGGGAGUCGAGGAGGUCCCUCCUUUCCAGCCGCAGGUGUACACCUACACGUGUGACGUUGGCAAGCGGGAGAGCGUGUACUCCACCGCGGAGAAGGUGCGACGCGAGGUGGGAGAUGUGGACCUGCUGAUCAACAACGCCGGCGUGGUGUCCGGACACCCGCUCCUGGAGUGCCCGGAUGAGCUCAUCGAGCGCACCAUGGUAGUCAACUGUCACGCGCACUUUUGGACCACCAAGGCGUUCCUUCCCAAGAUGUUGGAGAUGAACCAUGGCCACAUUGUGACGGUUGCCAGCUCCCUCGGCCUCUUCAGCACAGCUGGAAUCGAGGACUAUUGUGCCAGUAAGUUUGGAGCCAUCGGGUUCCACGAGUCGCUGAGUCACGAGAUCAAGGCCUCGGAGAAGGAGGGGAUCAAGAUGACACUCGUCUGCCCGUACCUCGUGGACACCGGCAUGUUCCGAGGAUGCCGUAUCAGGAAAGAGAUCGAGCCCUUCCUGCCCCCCCUGCGUCCGGAGUUCUGUGUGAAGCAGUCGAUGAGGGCCAUCCUGACGGACCAGCCAAUGAUAUGCACCCCCCGCAUCGUAUACAUGGUCAACCUCAUGAAGAGCCUGCUCCCCUUCGAGGCGAUCGUGUGCAUGUACCGGUUCCUGGGGGCGGAUAAGUGCAUGUACCCCUUCCUGGCCCAGCACAAGGAGGCCAUGAACAACAACGAGGCCAAGAACGGCAUCUAAAGCUGGGGC